AUGAAGUUCCUGGCCCUGCUUUUCCUGCUGUCGGUGGGCGCAGCCAGCGCCGAGCUCUCGCCCAGGGCUGUGUGGCUGUUCCGCAAAAUGAUCAAGUGCACCCUGCCCAAGAGCCACCCGCUGCUGGAGUUCAACCACUACGGCUGCUACUGCGGCUUGGGGGGCAGCGGCACUCCGGUGGACGAGCUCGACAGGUGCUGCCAGGUGCAUGAUAACUGCUACUCACAGGCAAUGAAAAUGGAAUCCUGUAGAUUCCUCCUGGACAACCCCUACACUAAGCUGUACCAGUUCAGCUGCUCUAAUAAGGAGGUCACAUGUAGCAGCAAGAACAAGGAGUGCGCCAUGUUCAUCUGCAACUGCGACCGCGCUGCUGCCACGUGCUUCGCCAAGGCGCCCUAUAACCCCGAGCACAAGGACCUUGACACCAAAAAAUACUGCAAAUAA